UAAAAAAAGUUAACCAGGGGCAGUAAACUUAACGUCAACUUAUCUAACCAGGGUCUUCGACAACGAACCUUCAAUGGCGGCCAUUGCACUGUCAUCCACAUCAAGCUCACUUGCGAACACCACCUCACUCCUCACUCGACUGUCUUUCCUCAGCUCAGUCCACCACCUCGCACUCACUCUCUCUCCUCCGCUUCGCAUUUCGCUCAACUCCCCCGCCAAUGCGCGCGCAAUUCGGGCGGUGACAAACAGCGCCACCAAGAACGCGGCUGCCGCGGAAAAGAAGCCACCUGCGCAGCCUCGCUACUCUAAGGCGGCGAGGAGGUACUUUAAUGACACCUUCGGCGAAAAGCCGCAACGUCUUGCCAAGGUUCUUGCUGCUGCUGGAGUUGCAUCAAGGAGGAGCAGUGAAGAACUCAUAUUUCAGGGGAAGGUGACUGUAAAUGGUUCAGUCUGCGAAACACCUCAGACAAAAGUUGAUCCUGCCAAAGAUGUCAUCUAUGUCAAGGGAAGACGGCUACCUAGAAAAUUGCCAGCAAAGGUUUAUCUUGCUCUGAACAAGCCUAAAGGGUACAUCUGCUCUUCUGGAGAGAAAGAGUUUAAAUCUGUUCUUUGUUUGUUUGAUGAUUUUCUGAAAGAUUGGAACAAAAAUUAUCCUGGACAGCCAAAGCCUCGGCUAUUUACAGUUGGGCGCCUAGAUGUUGCAACUACUGGACUAAUUAUUGUGACUAAUGAUGGCGAGUUUGCUCAAAGGGUUUCACAUCCUUCGUCAAAUUUAACAAAGGAAUAUAUUGCCACAGUCAAUGGUGAAGUUCAUAAAAGACACUUGGUGGCCAUCAACAAAGGAACAACCAUUGAUGGUGUUCACUGUGUUCCUGAAUACGUAGAACUACUUCCCCGACAGCCAGAAAUUCCCAGAGCUCGCCUCCGUAUUGUGGUUAACGAAGGAAGAAAUCAUGAGGUUCGGGAGUUGGUGAGAAAUGCUGAACUUGAGAUUCAUUCCCUGAAACGCAUACGUAUUGGCGAUUUCAAGCUUUCUCCUGACCUUGGGCUUGGCAAGUACAUGGAAUUGAAAGAUAAUAAUCUCAAAGCGCUGGGAUGGGAGAAGUAAAUUUCAAAGUUAUUUUAUGCUAUUUUCUUCACCCAAGGAGCACAUCUGGAACAUGACUGAUCAGAAUUUAUAGAUUCUAACAUCAAUCGAUGACAAUACAUUUUGGAGCCUCAGUGGGUCAACAUGCUGUUUCAUUUAUAUGCUGCAGAUAUGGAGAUUUAAGAAAAUGGUAGUUUUUCAAAAGGAAGCAUGCACCGUUAUAGUUCCUUGACGCACCUGGAUUUGCUAAAAUUUGUUUUCCUGGUGUGAAUAAUGUGUUAUUUUGGUGAGGUUUUUCAUGCAUAAUGAAAUGCAAUGCAAUUGAUCCAAAAAUGUCAGCCAGUUGAACAUUUGGAUCUUUCUUAAGGAAAUCAAGAUGAAGGAUGUAAAUCCGCUGGCCGGCACAAUGUUUCCUCUGUACAGUGAAUGACUGACUGAAGACAGAAUACUCCAUUUUUUAAAUAAUGUAAAAUGGUCCUAUCCAAUUUUUGCAGUAGGCUAUCAGGUAUUCAGGUGUAGUUGUCUGUAGGUGUACUAUGUUGGGUAUUGAACUGUAUAAACUUGUGAGUUGUGGAUGUAACAUAUGGAAAUAAUUAAUUAUACA